GGUUCCAGGCUGGGCCCUCCCCGGGCAGAGGGCAGGCGGGGGGCAUGGCGGCUGUGCGGGCCCGCUCGGUGCUGCUCACCGGCUCCAACCGCGGCAUCGGGCUGGAGCUGGUGAAGCAGCUGCUCGGGGGGCCUCAUCCGCCCGCCUGCAUCUUCGCGACGUGCCGGGACCCCGAGGGGCCGAGGGGGAAGGAGCUGAGAGAUCUGGCAUCCAAACACCCAAACCUGGUGCUGGUGAAGCUGGAUGUCGCAAACCCCUCAGCAAUUGUCGAUGCGGUGAAGAUUGUGGAGGGGAAGCUGAACGGCGCAGGGCUCAACCUGCUGAUAAACAACGCUGGCGUCUUUACCCCCGUGUCGCUGGAGACGGUGGACUCUGAAGAGAUGAUACAGACGUAUAAGACCAACGCGGUGGGACCGCUGCUGAUGGCCCAGGCGUUCCUGCCCCUCUUGAAGAAGGCUGCCCAGGACAGCAAGGAAAAAGGUCUGAGCUGCAACAAGGCAGCCAUCAUCAACAUCUCUACCGUCAUGGGGUCCAUUGAGAAAACUCCUGAGUCCUACUUCAAGCCAGUCAUCUCGUACCGCUGCAGCAAGGCUGCCCUCAACAUGCUCACCAGGUGCCAGGCCCUGACCUAUGGGGAGGCUGGGAUCCUGUGCGUGGCACUUCACCCCGGCUGGGUGAAAACUGACAUGGGCACCCAGGAGGCUGACCUGACCGUGGACACAAGUGUGCAGGGGCUGCUGUCGGUGCUGCCCAUCCUCUCUGAGAAGCACAGCGGGAUGCUGCUCAACUGGGAAGGCAAAGCAAUUCCUUGGUGAGCCCCUGCGAGGGACAACUCGGUGCCAGGUGUACCCUGAGUCCCCGUGAUGCUCAUCACGGUGUGGCAUGUAAGUGACCUACCUGGGACUCAGCCUCUGGCUGUGUGGGGCAGGCUGUGAUCCCUGCAUCUGAGUCACUAAUAAAUGCGAUCGUCAAUUAGUGCCUGUACCUUU